AUGCAGCCGACUUCAUCCAUUGUGUCCCUGGGCUUCCUUGCCUCGGCGGCCCUGGCCGCCGCCAACAACGGAGGCACCCAAUUCCCCGAUUUCGUCGCCCUGGCCAAGAGGGCGGUGACCGAGACUGAGUACCAGUGCCACGCCAACUGCGGCUACACCAUCCAGGACGCUUCCGCCGAGGGCUACUGCGAUGACGCUGAAUGGAACAAGCUCCUCGAAGCCUGUCUCCAGUGUGCUAUCGAGACCGACAUCUGGGGUGACUAUGGCGACUACGUCGUCAAGGUCGCCGAGCCCUGCGGUAUUGACGCCACUCCUGCUACCACCCCGGCCACCCCGAUCCCCACGAGCGGCGCCUCCGCCAACUGGGUGCCCCAGUUCGUCAUUGUCGGCGCCAUUGCCGGCGCGAUCGUCAACAUGAUGUAA